CAUGAUUUAGCAUAAAGUGGCCUUAUGCCUUGUUCUAAAUGCUAAGAAACCCCCAAAAUCUUCAUUCUUACAGUUUCCAAAUUAAAGACAAAGUUCCCAUCUUUUUAUUUCUGUUUUCCUCUACGUAUACCCUUCAAUCUCAUUUCAUCUCAUCUCAUCUCAUAGAUACACCUUAAUUCAAUUCAUUCAACUUAUAUUUACUUGUAUAAGUCCUCCAAUUUAAGGGUAUAGUCAGUAGUGAGUGAGUAUGGAGGUUAAGAAUUAUAAGUUUGUGAAUGCAUUAAGGGCACUAAUUGGGGUAGUUAGUCUUGUUCUAUUGAUGAACAGAGGUGAAGCAACCACAUUUAGUGUAGGUGGUUCUAAAGGUUGGUCUGUUCCUUCUGAUAAUGCUCCUGUUUUUAAUGAAUGGGCUCAAAAAAUGCGUUUCCAAAUUGGUGAUUCACUAUUGUUCAAAUACCCAGCAGCAACAGAUUCAGUGCUACAAGUAUCAAAACAAGACUUUGACAAUUGCAACACAAACUUACCAAUUGCAAAGUAUACUGAUGGAAAUACAGAGUUUAAGCUAACCAAGUCAGGCCCUUAUUACUUCAUCAGUGGCAACAAAGACAAUUGUAACAAAAAUGAAAAGCUUGUGGUGAUUGUUAUGGCUGAUAGAACUGCCAACAAAAACUCACCACCUUCUCCUCCGCCUUCGCCUACGCCUUUGCCUUCGCCUCCAACCAUCACACCUUCGCCCGCCCCGACCACCAGCAGUGAUCAACAACCGCCAGUUGCGUCCCCACCAUCUGAUGAGGGGUCCACCCCAGCUCCCUCAGCUGAUUCUAACCCUCCUAAAAAUAAUGCUGCAUUUUAUGUUUUGAGUUUUGUGGGUUCUAUUGGUGCAUUUGUGGGUUCUUCUCUAUUCCUUGCUUUCUAAAAGGUAGUCAUUGGAAAAGUUUGUGCUUGUGUAUGAUAGGGGGAUUUUCUAAUUUGUUCUAUUUUCUCUUUUUUUUUAGUUACUCUUUUGUGGUUAUGAAUGUAUGUGAGGUUUUGAUUUAAUUGAUUGUAUUUUGUGAAUGUUGUAUCUUGUAUGUGUUGGAUGAAUAAGAUCAAGGGGGUCACACUUUGCAUUGUGAUUCUUAAGUUGAGGACUAAUUGUAUAGGCAAAGAUAAAUGAAUUAUAUUUUAUUGUGUGAAAAAUAUAUGUUAGAUUG